AUGACCCGCUGUGAUGUCGAUUCGGUGGUCCAGCUGCAGAUCAGUGUGUCCGCAAAGCGCCUGCUGCGUCGCGCAGACGGGCCUUUGCGUCUCAAGCAGAUUCAAGAGAUGGUGAUCGCUAAGCUUGGCAGGGCGGUUGAUCAUCAACAACUCUUGGAUGUGUUGCAGACGUCUGCAAAAAAUGGAGUUCCGCGGUUCUUUGUUGAUGGUGACAUGGUUGGCUUGACGCAGCGCCAACGACCUGGACCCAGGGGAUGCAAGGCUGCUGGUGAAUCAUGUCCAUUGCAACCUGAAAGCUUUGAAGCUGUUGCAACCCAGGCCCAAAUGGCACAAAUCAGCAAAGCCACGAAGAAACUGCUUUGCAGCCUUGGUGGCUGCAUGCCGCUGGAUGACAUUCAAGAUGCGUUGAGAGUCAAUGGUUGGGACUGGAAGCAUGAGCAGGUCCUCCAUGCUCUGCAAAAAUCAGCGAAGAAUGGUGUCCCACGCUAUGUGCUUGAUGGGGAUAUGGUUCGUUUGGCGGAAGGGCCGUCGUGCUGUCGCCGGGCGCAAAAACAUGCUGCCACGGAACUUGCAGCCUUCUUGCAAGAGACGGAGUUUAGCAGUUGCCCGUGGAACAGCGCUUUGAGCUUAUCCAGUUUUAGAGGACAUGGUGAGUUUCUGCAGCACGUCGUACAAGACGAACGCCACAGUGAUGGACGUCCGCGCUUCGAAGUGCGCAAGCUUCAUGGAGCGGAUUGGAUCUUCGCCACGGAAUCUGCGAAGUUGCGGCAGCAGGUCUUCGAAGCCAUCCAGGCACUUGAUGCGGAAGUGCAAGGCAGGCCGAAGAAACUCCUGGAUGAGUCCGAAGACAUGGCUGAGAUCUCAAGACUUGGAAAGUUAAUGCAGGACUGGGUCUCUGGAGCCAGUUGGUUGACAUGCCUGAAUCACACCACGCUCGUGGAUGAGGUUCCUGGCAUCAUGACCCGGGUGCACUUGUUUGAUGGUGACGGCAUCGAAGUGAGGCUGCACAUGUUCAUGGAUCCGACGGAGACCUACAUACACAACCACCGGUCCAACUUUUUCAGCUACUGCCUCAGUGGGAGGUAUUGGCACAAGAUUUGGGGCGUACCAGACGGGGAAGCGGGCUUGGAUGGUGGGCAUUACUUCGUCGUCAAUCGCGCCAAAGAUCCUUCAUUCGAGCAUCCUGUCGGCAAGCCUGGGCACUUGUCAGUCAUCGCAGCUCACACGCACCAGGAGCGUGGCUCCUACUACAUCAAGGCUGUGACUCCACACACCGUCCAGCCACAGAUGGACGGGAAUGUUGCCACUCCGGUUCUCACCAUCUACAUCAAGGACAAAGCUCCGGGUCCUGAUACCUUGGUCCGAGUUGCCAACAAGCAGGAGCUUGCUAGCCUCCAACAGCAGCAGCGAGAGCAGCAAACACAAGAUUGCCGCCUCGAGGGGCGCCACAGGCUCGAGAGAUUGAGGGCAAUGCACGACCUCACCGUCCUCACUUCCCAUUCCGCAUUGAGAAAGAAGCCCCGUGCAGGUGUGCCCUGCAAGCCAUCUCGUAGUUCUCCAGACAUUGCUGGCUGA